AUGAGUGAAACUGAAAAUGUGAACUUUGAUCCGGAACCACCAAAACCGAAAUCUACUGUUUUGGAGAAUGGGACACCUAAAAUGUCCGACUCUUCAUCAGCGCUGAUCGAAGAAGGAUUGUCUCUACUGAACCUGAAAUCCUCAUUGAGCCCAAAUGUCAGACCAGUGAGCCCAGAUUUACUGGAAAGAGCAACACCGAGUCCCGAUUUUGGACUUUCUUCUCAUACAUUGGCGCACGUCAAAACACCAAGGUUCAAAAGAAUCGACUUCGAUGACAGACUAGAGGAUUUGAAUCCAAACAAGCCAGCAUGGAAGUCAUGGCAAGAAAAUAUCAAGGAUUCAUACAACAGGGCCAAAGUGAGCGCUGAGAAAAAGCGAGAGGAAAACGAAUUCAUGGAUAAUAUGAUGCUCGGAAGACCACGCACAAUUCGUGGAGAAAGUCCAUACAGAAACUUGUCUAAUGACACAGGAUUCAUUCCGUCUGUCAGAUCUCGAACCAGUGUGAUGUCACCAUCGUUAGCCGAUCGUUCUUGCCUCGCCACAUCUUCUUCCUACUCCAACAUGUUUAAUGCUGGAUCUGGACCUUAUGCAGCGCCGGCACUCAGCAUUUCUCAAGGAAUCGAAUCAAGAUACGAGGAUAGAGCAAACAACAUUGAAUUGAUGCUCUUGAAAACUGCUCCACUCCCAGAACGUUACAAGACCAUCACCACCCGCGAAUUCCGUAAGGCUCCGGAACCAUCUGCUGGCAGUUAUUCGGAAAAGGAUGAUUAUGAUUUCUCUCACUACACUACUGCUCGUCCAUACUACUCCCGACCAAAUCGUGAUGACCCAGACUAUUUUGACUUUGACUUGCAACAUUCGGUUGAUAUGUUCAAACGCCCAGAAGGAAAGUAUACACCAAGAAAGCCACAAGAAUGGGAGAAUAAACUUAUCAGUGAAUCUUCUUCUAAGGGAACUGCUCCACUUUCUGGACACAUGUUCACCAGACCGGACGUGGAUUGGAGAAACAACGGAACUUCGUAUUUGAGUGCAGCUCUCAGAACUCCAAAAUUCUGGGAGCAGCGAUUUGAAAACAUCGGAAAGCACGUGAGAGACAGUAAUCCGAUUAGCUUGGAGAGCAUCAACAGAAACCGCCCAGUCACCAGCCGCUUUACCGAAUACAGAGAUCCUGACUUUGAUGAUUACGAGGAUCCACUGGAUGACUAA